GUUGGCAAUUGUUGUAUUUAACCUCAUUUAAUUCUUAUGGUCAAAAAAAUAUAACCAGAAAGUGAUGUUUUCCACAAAUUUGAGCCCAAUAAAAGUGGAAGUGGAGGAGGAAAUAUUUGACAGAUUAAGACUGUAUUACGGAUGCGAGAAAUGCUCAUUCAAGACAAAACUCUUGUCCAGGAUAAGAACCCACGCAAGAAUUCACGAAAACACCGAACAAAAAUUUAAUUGUUUCAGUGGUGGCCUUGAAAAUUACAAGUGUCACAAAUGCAAAACAUUUGAAACACAAUUCUUGUCACAACUGAGAUGUCACAUUGUUCAAGGUCACACAUCACAACAUGUCGAACCCAAAACCUUCAAAUGUCACAAAUGUGAUUUCAACUCGUUUUCGCAAUUAUUGGUUAUGAGACAUUCCUUUUUUACUAAACAUCAAAGGAAGAGUGUUUUCAAAUGUACAGACUGUGAUUUUGAAACUAGGGUUUUAAGCAAUUUGAGAAGACAUGUGAUGUGUAAACAUACAGAUGAUUCCGCAAUCCAGUGGUUCAAAUGUAAACAUUGUUCAUAUAAGUGUAAACUCAAGCAUGAUUUAAAACGUCACAUGAUCAAGAAACACGACCCGCCUAACUUCCCUUACUUGUGUGAACUUUGUGAUUACAAGGCUAAACUGAAUUACGACUUGCAACGACACGUGAAUGCACGUCACAAACCCAAAAAUAAUAAAACAUUGACUUCGAGCAUUGUAAAAUGUACAUUUUGUGAUUACAAAACUAUGUAUUCAGGGGACUUGAAAAAACAUAUGAUCUUUAGACAUACAAACGAUUCCGAAAUCCAAUGGUUCAAAUGUGAUCAUUGUUCAUUUAAGUGCAAACUUAAGAGCGGUUUGAAACAACACAUGAUCCUAAAACACGACCCGCCUAAUUUCCGCUACUCUUGUAAAAUUUGUGAUUACAAGACUAAACUAAAUUCCAAUUUAAAACGUCACGUGAAUGCACGACACUAAUUCUUUGUGACUUUAAAAUUAAUGUUGGUUUAGAACGUGAAAUUUUUGUCAACAAGUCUAAACAACAUUUAAGCCCCUUUAAAUUUGAUUAUGAAACUGGCCCUAAAUCUCUUUUGAAAGCACAUGAAGUGACAUUUAAGUAAUCAAUAAUGUGUAUUUAGUAAUAAAAAUAAAUUUGUGAACGUACCCUACCUUAAGUAUUUUUUAAUUCUGUGGUGUUGGCAAUUAAUCUCAUUUAAUUCUUGUAAAACCAGAAAAGUGAUGUUGUCAACACAUUUACACUACAGAAUUUCUAAGCAUACGUGAAUAAGCAACACACGAAAUCAAAAAAAUGAGUUGAAAAUAUUAAAUUUAAUAGGUGUAAUUUUUCUAAAAAUUAAAAGUUCUUGUUGACCGGAUUAUUGUCUUCUCCAUUUCCCCUAAAUGCACUCACUAUAAUCACUC